GCGCGCUUCUCCGCUUUCGCUGGCAGAGGGGGCCACAGAAACUAGAAGGCCCCUCCGGAAAUCCAACCUUGGGGCGACUUCCCCAGCCUGGAAGCUGGCAAGGGCGGGGGCGGCCCGGGGCCUGGCUGAGCGCCGGAGGCCCGCCCAGGGCGGGGACUGCUCACGUCCGCUCCUUUCCCGGCGCUCGAGGACGGCGGCGGCCCCACGGCGCAGGCACGGUGCGCAUCCGCCGAGCGAGGCGCGGUGAGCUCGGAGUCUCCGCUUCCCCAGCCCCGAGUUGGUGGUUAGCUGAGUGCGCGGAAGUUAGGACCCUCCCCGAGGUCACCAUGGAUCAGGAAGAGGACUCGGGUGGAAAAGCGGGGAAGAACUUGAAGCUGGGAAAGAAGAGUAAAAAGGAAAAGAAACCAACUGUCAGUAUGUUUGCAAUGUUUCGCUACGCAGAUGGACUGGACAAGCUGUACAUGUUGCUGGGAACUCUGGCUGCUCUUAUCAAUGGAGCUUCCCUCCCCAUCAUGAUGGUGGUGUUGGGCGACAUGACAGACAUGUUUGCAGAUGUCGGAAACGAUAUUCCGGCAAAUAUUACUGACUCGCUUCUCAGUAACUUGACUGACCUGAUCUACAAGCAAAUGGAGGAAAGGAUGACCACGUAUGCCUAUUACUAUAGUGGAAUUGGAGCUGGCGUGCUUAUUGCUGCUUAUAUUCAGGUUUCAUUUUGGUGCCUGGCAGCUGGGAGACAGAUAUACAAAAUUAGAAAACUGUUUUUCCAUGCUAUAAUGAAGCAAGAGAUAAGCUGGUUUGAUGUGCAUGAUGUUGGGGAGCUGAACACGCGGCUAAUAGACGAUGUCUCCAAAAUUAAUGAAGGAAUUGGUGACAAAAUUGGAAUGUUCUUUCAAUCACUGGCAACAUUUUUGGCUGGUUUUAUAAUAGGAUUCACAUAUGGUUGGAAGCUGACCCUUGUGAUCUUAGCCAUUAGCCCUGUUCUUGGACUGUCAGCUGGAAUCGGGGCAAAGAUACUGUCUUCAUUUACUGAUAAAGAACUCUUGUCAUAUGCAAAAGCUGGUGCAGUGGCUGAAGAAGUGUUGGCAGCCAUAAGAACCGUGAUUGCAUUUGGAGGACAAAAGAAAGAACUUGAAAGGUAUAAUAAAAAUUUAGAAGAUGCUAAAAAACUUGGGAUAAAGAAAGCUAUCACAGCCAAUGCGUCUAUCGGAGCAGCUUUCUUCCUGAUCUAUGCGUCCUAUGCUCUGGCCUUCUGGUAUGGGACCACCUUGGUCCUCUCAAAUGAAUAUACCAUUGGACAAGUUCUCACUGUCUUCUUCUCAGUAUUAAUCGGGGCUUUUAGUGUGGGACAGGCAUCUCCACAGAUUGAAGCAUUUGCAAAUGCAAGAGGAGCAGCUUAUGAAAUUUUCAGAAUAAUAGAUAAUGAGCCUGGCAUCAACAGCUUCUCAAAUGAUGGACAUAAACCAGACAAUAUUAAGGGAAAUUUGGAAUUCAGAAAUGUUCACUUCAGUUACCCAUCUAGAAAAGAAGCUAUCGUCUUGAAAGGACUCAACUUAACGGUGCAGAGUGGGCAGACAGUGGCUCUGGUUGGAAAUAGCGGCUGUGGGAAAAGCACAACGGUGCAACUAAUACAGAGGCUUUACGACCCCAGCGAGGGUGUGAUCAGUAUUGAUGGUCAGGACAUCAGGACCCUAAAUGUAAGAUAUCUGCGGGAAAUUAUUGGUGUGGUGAGUCAGGAACCUGUGCUGUUUGCCACCACAAUAGCUGAAAACAUCCGCUAUGGUCGUGAAAAUGUCACCAUGGAUGAGAUUGAGAAAGCUAUCAAGGAAGCCAAUGCUUAUGAUUUCAUCAUGAAACUGCCUCAUAAAUUUGACACUCUGGUUGGAGAGAGAGGGGCCCAACUGAGUGGUGGACAGAAACAGAGAAUUGCUAUUGCACGUGCGCUGGUGCGAAACCCCAAGAUCCUGCUUCUGGAUGAGGCCACAUCAGCCUUGGACACAGAAAGCGAAGCAGUGGUUCAAGUGGCUCUGGAUAAGGCCCGAGAAGGCAGAACCACAAUUGUGAUAGCUCAUCGCUUGUCCACAGUUCGGAAUGCUGAUGUCAUUGCUGGAUUUGAAGAUGGAGUCAUUGUAGAAAAAGGAAAUCAUGAUGAACUCAUGAAAGAGAAGGGUGUUUACUACAAUCUCGUCACAAUGCAGACCAAAGGAAGUGAUAAUGAAUUAGAAAAUGAAGUUUGUGAAUCCACAGAUGAAGCUGAUGCCUUAACUAUGUCCUCAAGAGAUUCAAGAUCCAGUCUAAAAAGAAGAUCAACUCGGAAGAAUGCACAUGAAGCACAAGGCCAAGAGAGAAAGCUCAGCACAAAGGAGGCCCUGGAUGAAAAUGUACCUCCCGUAUCCUUUUGGAGAAUUCUGAAGUUGAAUUUAACUGAAUGGCCUUAUUUAGUAGUUGGUGUGAUUUGUGCCAUUAUAAAUGGAGGCUUGCAACCAGCAUUUGCAGUAAUAUUUUCAAAAAUCAUUGGGAUUUUUACAAGAAAUGUUGAUCCUGAAACAAAACGACAGAACAGUAAUCUGUUUUCACUAAUGUUUCUAGUCCUUGGAAUUGUCUCUUUCAUUACAUUUUUCCUACAGGGCUUCACGUUUGGCAAAGCUGGAGAGAUUCUCACCAAGCGGCUCCGGUACCUGGUCUUCAGGUCCAUGCUGAGACAGGAUGUGAGCUGGUUUGACAACCCUAGAAACACCACUGGAGCACUGACUGCCAGACUUGCUAAUGACGCCUCUCAAGUGAAAGGGGCUAUAGGUUCCAGGCUUGCUAUAAUUACCCAGAAUAUAGCAAAUCUUGGGACAGGAAUUAUUAUAUCCUUUGUCUAUGGCUGGCAAUUGACACUUUUACUCCUAGCCAUUGUACCCAUCAUGGCAUUAGCAGGAUUUGUUGAGAUGAAAAUGCUUUCUGGACAUGCACUCAAAGAUAAGAAAGAACUGGAACAUUCUGGGAAGAUAGCUACUGAAGCAAUAGAAAACUUCCGAACUGUUGUUUCUUUGACUUGGGAAGAGAAAUUUGAACGAAUGUAUGAACAAAGUUUGCAGGUACCAUACAGAAACUCUUUGAAGAAAGCACAAAUCUUUGGAAUCUCAUUUUCCUUAUCUCAGGCCAUGAUGUGUUUUUCUUAUGCUGCUUGUUUCCGAUUUGGUGCCUUCUUGGUAGCACAAAGUCUCAUGGAUUUUGAAAGUGUCCUGUUGGUAUUUUCAACCAUAGUCUUUGGUGCCAUGGCAGUCGGGCAGGUCAGUUCGUUUGCCCCUGACUAUGCCAAAGCCAAAAUGUCAGCUUCCCACAUCAUCAUGAUCAUUGAAAAAGCCCCUGUUAUUGACAGCUACAGCUCGGCAGGCCUGAAACCGAAUACCUUGGAAGGAAACGUGACCUUCAGUGAUGUUGUGUUCAACUAUCCUACCCGACCGGACAUCCCAGUGCUUCAGGGACUGAACCUCCAGGUGAAGAAGGGCCAGACAUUGGCCUUGGUAGGCAGCAGUGGCUGUGGAAAGAGCACAGUGGUCCAGCUCCUCGAGCGGUUCUAUGACACACUGGCUGGAAAAGUGCUUGUGGAUGGCAAAGAAAUAAAGGAACUGAAUGUGGAGUGGCUGCGAGCACACCUAGGCAUUGUGUCCCAGGAGCCCAUGCUGUUUGACUGCAGUAUCAGGGACAACAUUGCCUAUGGAGAUAACAGCAGGACUGUGACAGAGGAGGAGAUUGUGAAGGCAGCCAAGGAAGCCAACAUACACCAGUUCAUUGAGUCACUGCCUGAUAAAUACAACACCAGAGUGGGGGACAAAGGAACCCAGCUCUCUGGAGGCCAGAAACAGCGCAUCGCCAUUGCUCGGGCCCUCAUCAGGCAGCCUCAUAUUUUGCUUUUGGAUGAAGCGACAUCAGCUCUGGAUACAGAAAGUGAAAAGAUUGUCCAGGAGGCCCUGGACAAAGCCAGGGAAGGCCGCACCUGCAUCGUGAUCGCGCACCGCCUGUCCACCAUCCAGAAUGCAGAUUUAAUCGUGGUGAUUCAGAAUGGCAAGGUCAAGGAGCAUGGCACCCACCAACAGCUGCUGGCACAGAAAGGCAUCUAUUUUUCGAUGGUCACUGUCCAAACUGGAAAAAGUGCUAAUGAACUGUGACCGUAUGAGAGGUUUUAAUAUUUGUGUUUCGAUGUGAUGUUGAAACUAAAAAGCAAGCACUUAUUGGACAUUGUAGUUAUCUGUUUCCUGCCACAGGUGAAUAUUAUUUCAUCAAAUUUAAUAUCUUCAGAGACUUCAUAAGCAUCAGAAAUAGAAUCAUUGUUCAAUGGCCGGGUGGACAUGGUUUUAAUUGCAUUGUAGGAUUCAUAAAAGGAUUUACAGUAGAUUUUUUAAUCAAGUAUGUGCUUCUGUUUGUACUUUGAGUUUGGUAGCUGACUGCUUUGCUAAAAGGUUAGAUAAGUUAUAAAAAUACUGAAGUGUUUGCAUAAAUUAUCUAAAAUAAACCAAUGUAAUGAUCUUGUCUAAAA